CACCGAUAUAAGAAUUUGCCCUUAAAUACCAGAACAGGUUACAUAAUUCGCGUUUACCCUUUAGCAAUCAGCACCUUCUUCUCUCUGUAUUUUCUCCUCCAAUAUCAUUUUGGAUCUACGUGUCCAACCCGACCCGUAUCUCGCUGUUCAUCUCUCUUAAUCUAGAUUUACUGGUUAGGGGGGAGGGAGGUGGCAGCAGCUGUGGUGUUGGUGAUAUUUUUCCAGGUAGUUGGUGGUUUACUGAGUGGUGUGAAUUUGAAAAUGAGCUUAGACAACCGGAGCCGGAGCAGGAGCAGAAGCCUGAGCAGGAGUAGGAGCCGGAGCAGGAGCCCAAUGGCUCGAAAGAUGCGUACUGAACGGUAUUCUUACCGUGAUGCACCAUAUAGACGAGACUCACGUCGGGUUUUCAGUCAGAGUACUCUGUGCAAUAACUGCAAAAGGCCUGGUCAUUUUGCCAGAGAAUGCCCAAAUGUGGCCAUCUGUCACAAUUGUGGUCUUCCUGGGCAUAUUGCAUCAGAAUGCACGACGAAAUCUCUUUGUUGGAACUGUCGAGAACCUGGGCAUAUGGCUGGCAAUUGUCCUAAUGAGGGAAUCUGCCAUACUUGUGGUAAAGCAGGACACCGUGCAAGGGAUUGCACUGCUCCACCGUUGCCACCUGGUGAUCUGAGGCUGUGCAAUAACUGCUUUAAGCAAGGCCAUAUGGCAGCUGACUGCACAAAUGACAAAGCCUGCAAGAAUUGUAGGAAACCAGGUCAUCUCGCCCGUGAUUGUCAGAACGAUCCUGUCUGCAAUUUGUGCAACAUAUCUGGGCAUGUGGCUAGAGGGUGCUCUAAAGGCAAUAUCCUUGAAGAGAGGGGUGGAUUUCGCGGAGGUGGAUAUCGAGAUAUUGUGUGUCGGAAUUGCAACCAGGUAGGGCAUAUGAGUCGGGAUUGUAUUGCAAUGGCUAUAUGUCAUAACUGUGGGGGAAGAGGACACAUGGCAUUCGAGUGUCCUUCUGGGAGGUUCAUGGACCGCUUUCCUAGAAGGUAUUAAAAACGGAUGAGAUAUGUGGCUCAUUCCUUACUUGUUUUGUUAUUUGAAGUGAGAUUGUUGUUUUCAUCUUUUAGAGUGAUUUUAAGGUUUGAACUCGGCAAAUCUUGACUUAGUUCUUGGAAAAUUGUUAUGAUUGUACUAUUUUCAACUAAGCUCGUUCAUUAUGGAAUACUUAACAGCCCGUGUUCGGUGCCAUAAAUGUUGCA